AUGCAGCAGGCUUUGCUGGUCCAGCCUCAGCAACAGGCGCCGUUACGAUAUCCCAUCUUCUGGACUAUCUGCAACCUUGUGAACAACAUCGUGGGUGCUGGCUUCCUAGCUCUUCCAUGGUGCUUGAAAGAGCUGAAAGAAGGGACCGCCACUGACCACCCUGCGGUGGUGUUCCUCAUUUUGCUUGUGCUGGUCGGCCUUUUGCAUGGUGUCUCGUUUUGGCUACAUGGCCGUGCAUGUGAGCAUGUCCGCAAUGUCGGCCCGCAACAAGGGGAUACCACGUACUUGGCGGCUCAAUCAUUGCUACCUCACCGGAUGAUGGACUGGGUAGAGGAAUGCGGGAUAUACGUGGCAAUGGCAGCAGCGCUCAUCCUGCUUGCCAUUUAUCGUUAUAAAAAGCCACUCUUCCGUGCCGAGCUUGGGCUACGUGGGGUAUUCUUCUGGAUUCUGGUGGCACUUGUCUUCGUGCUCUGGUUCGCACUGCCAGACCCACACAACCCCGCCGAAUCAAAAGGAAAUCCAGCAGAUUUCCGCUCGAGCUGGCGCUGGGGAUUGCUUGCAGUUAUCUUCUUGUACCUGCCCUUGUCGUGCCAACUGCACCUGAUGCCUCUCGGCAUACUGUCCAUGCUGGCGGUGCUCGUGGGCAUCCUGUCCGUCCUCCUAGCCCUUGAACCGAACCACGAUCCGAACAGGCAACUGCAGGAGAGCGCCACCAAUCUCGUAACAAGGCCUGCCGCACAUCCUCCUGUUCCGGCUUCCACGGAACAAAGCACUUUCCAAGCUUAUUUAAAGGUCUGGUCCAUCUUGCUAGUAUCGCUCACGGCGCACUAUAAUGCGCCGAAGUACUAUGGCGAGCUGGGUCCCGGCAAUCAGCUGCAGAACUUCCGCCGUGCCGUAUGCGUGUCCUACAUUGUCGUAUCGUUCGCGUAUCUUUGGUGUGGCACAAUGGGUUACCAGAUGUACGGCUCAGACACUCAGCAGGACCUGCUCAACAAUCUGUCCGGAUCAUGGAAGGCACCCCUUACUCACGGGUUCUACCUACUCAUUCUCUGGGCCGACUUUCCAAAGGUGAUUAUUGGCAUGCGCCAGCUUUCUGGAAGUCUUUGCCGCCGCUGUCUGAAUCGGCAACUUACCGAUCAGUUCGAGCUUCUGCUGUUAAUCAUUGCUUCAUUGGGAUGGUUCCUGCCCCUCACAGACAUACUGGCAGUCAAGGGGGCGUUGUUCGGAUCGCUAAUGGUUUAUGUCAUCCCUGCAUCUAUCAUCUUGAGAGGCAAUAUCAGUCCUCAGCCUAGCAGGUGGGAGGUCGGCCUAUCCUGGAUAGUGACUUUUGCGGGGCUUCUCCUCUUUCUGACCCAGGCGAAGGAGAUUACAUUUGAGCUUGCUCAGUGGGUUACGAGCGGCAGCCACAAAAAGACGAAGGCUUUGUUCCAAUUCGCAAGCAUGUAG